AUGGUCGACCCGGACUGGGGCCUAUUCGCGGGGGCGCCGAGGCCACUUCCGGGCCCCUGGCCACGCUGCCCAACCACGCUGCUCCUGCGCGACCCAACAGAGUUGCGGUUCGCCCCACCUACGCCGGCACUCCCCGGCCUGUUCCGCGACUGGAACGACCCGCUGUUCCGUUGCCGGGAGUGCAUCAGCAUGGCCGCCGCCCCGCGCUCCAGCCCGCGUCUCCUGGCCUCCUCGGCCGCCAGGCGCUGCUUCUCCGCAGCCAGCGCUAUCUGCUCCUUUUCCUCCUCCUCGGCUAGCUUCUCCAACUUCUUCUUGCGCCGGUACCGCAUGAGAAGCCAGAGCGCCAGAAGCGUUAUGAGAGCCGAGCCCAAAACGGAUGCCACCACGGCGAUGGCGGCCUUCAUGCUUUGCUGGGGCGCUUCGGUGGCCGCCGUUUGGCUGCAGGCAGGAUAG